CACGGAGGGCAAGGAAACAGAGUCCUCCCGGCAGGCGGCAGCUCCUUGAUGCUCUGCUCUGGUCUGGUGCAAGUCCAGCCUGGAGAGACCUACCGGCACGAGCACUCUGCUCUGGUCUGGUGCAGGGUCGUGACUCACGUUGCUCGACUGCCUAAUUCCCUGCAUUAUUGUUCAUCCUUCAUUCCUUCCACGUUUGCACGUUACCUACCCUCACCGAUCGCCUCCCUCCUCCACGUCCGGCGCGGCCGUUCGAUCCCGCGACAGCAAAGAGAUGGCGCCCAUCGCGGCCGCCGCCAUCCCGAGCCCCGCGCAGGCCGCGGCGGCCGACGCCGAGAGCCUCCGGAAGGCCGUGCAGGGGUGGGGCACGGACGAGCAGGCGCUGAUCGAGAUCCUCGGCCGGCGGACCGCCGCGCAGCGCGCCGAGGUACGCCGCGCCUAUGCCGAGCUCUACAGGGAGUCGCUCCUCGACCGUCUCCGCUCCGAGCUCUCCGGCGACUUCCGGAACGCCAUGGUGCUGUGGACGAUGGACCCGGCGGAGCGGGGCGCGCGUCUGGCCAACGGCGCGCUCGCCGCCGGCAAGAAGACCAUCGGCGACCAGCACGCCUGGGCGCUGGUCGAGGUCGCCUGCGCCUCCGCACCGGACCACCUCGUCGCCGUCCGCCGCGCGUACCGCUCCCUCUUCGGCUGCUCCCUCGAGGAGGACGUCGCCGCCUGCCCGGCGCUCCAGGACCCGCUUGGGAAGCUGCUGGUGAGCCUGGUGAGGUCGUACCGCUGCGAGACGGAGCUCGUCGACGGCGACGUCGCGGGGCUCGAGGCGGCGCAGCUGGCCGAGGCCAUCAGGAAGAGGAAGCAGCCGCACGCCGACGAGGUGAUACGGAUCGUCAGCACGAGGAGCAAGCGCCAGCUGCGGGCCACGUUCCAGCGGUACGAGCGAGACCACGGCGCCGACAUCGACGAGGACAUCGCCAAGCAUAGCAGCAGCCAGUUCUCCAAGAUCCUCAGGAGCGCCAUCUGGUGCCUGACAUCGCCGGAAAAGCACUUUGCAGAGGCUAUCAGAUACUCCAUCUUAGGAUUUGGAACGGACGAGGACACACUUACCAGGGCGAUCGUGUCCGGGGCCGACAUCGGCAUGGAGAAGAUCAAAGAGGAGUACAAAGUCAGGUUCAAGACCACGGUGACCAGCGAUAUCGUCGGCGACACCUCCGGGUAUUACAAGGACUUCUUGCUGACCUUGGUGGGGAGUGAAGAGUAGACAGCCUGCUUCUGUUGGGCACUUGGGCAUAGCCGCACAGGAUGACAAUGUGUAUCCGCAGCCACAAAAUAAAAAGGUUUCGUCAGAGAUCCAGAAUGCAUCUUUAAUUGUUCAUGCUGUGUGUUAAGGAUUUAUCUUGCACUGGAAACAUGGAACUGUGUUGAAGAUGUACAAAAACACAACAUUGCUCUUUUCAAGAUUUCAAAAGGACCAUAUAAUGUUCAGUCGUUCAGAUCAACCAAAACUA